GUCAGCUCUGGGUGAGUCCCAGAACAGACUUCCUGCCCAGGGCUCAGGGCUCCAGCAGCCUCCCCAGACCGAGGCUGGGGAGCCUGGAGGGGUCAGAGGCCAAGCUCAGGCCCAGGCCAGGCUGGGCGGGAAGAUGGCUGGUUGGGGCAGCGAGCUCAACAGCAGCUGUGCCUUCUAGUACAGUGUUGAAUAGGAAUAGUGAAAGAGGACAUCUUUGCCUUGUUUCUCAUCCUAGGAGGAAAGUGUGCAGGUUUUCAACAGAUAGCCACAGCAAAUCAGAACACAGACAACAGGCUUAACUUAGAGCCUGCAUUCAGGCACUUCAAAAGACAUAAAGUGGAGAUUUCAACUGCAAUAAAAAAAACAUUUCCUUUCCUUGAGGGUCUUCGUGACCGUGAACUCAUCACCAAUAGAAUGUAUGAAGACUAUCAAGAUUCUUGUAGAAACCUGGUCCCUGUAUCGAGAGUGGUUUACAAUGUUCUCAGUGAGCUGGAGAAGACAUUUGACAUGUCGCUUCUGGAAGCUUUGUUCAGCGAGGUCAACCGGCAGGAAUAUCCUGAUUUAAAUCACAUUUAUGAAAGCUUCAUAAAGGUAAUGCAGGGGAUAAUUAAUCAUGAAGAAAGCAAUGGAGAAGAGAGGGAGGAGAGGCCUACUCUCCCACUAAGCCUUGAGCAAGGUACGACCUCACCUGAAAAUGGACUCUCGGAUAACCUCUGUGAAACAGAACAGGUAAAUGCAGAGAGGAACGAUACAACCAGUGACCAAAACGAUGCACUAGAAAGCCAACAAGCAAAUGAACAAUGUGCCCAAGAGUCUGAACCAGCAGAGUCCUGCGAACAAGUACCUAUCCAAUCAAAUAAUGGUGAUGCAAGAAAGGAGACACCCAGCCCAUUGCCUUAUGAGGAAGAAAAAGCAAAGCUACCCAACCAUGGACUUCAGAUCAAUUCCCGUUCUGCCCUUCUGGUGGAUAUAAAGAAGGAAAAGCCAUUUUUUAACCCCGAAGUUGAAUGGCAAACCCAAGCCAGGACUGACUGUAACCAGGCAUCUGAUGUAAUAGUGAUCAGCAGUGAGGACUCCGCAGAAUCCAGUGAUGGAGAGGAGUUCCCAGAACCCUCCACGUCAGCACUGAGAAAGUCGUCUGGAUAUCAUUUUCCACCUUUAACUUUUCUGGCCCUGUUGGAAAGUGGAAGAAGGCAAGAAGAUCCUUGGGAUAUUGAAAACACAUCAAUUUUCAGCAUAAGCCAUAGGAAAAGACGAAUCGACAGUAGUGACACUUCAGAACUGAGUAACGAAGAUGAGCUUCAGGAAACGUCUAACUCAGUCCUAAGAAAUGGGUCAGAUACCAAGGAUACUGGAAGCGAUUCUACUUUGGGAAAACACAGUGAGAAAAGAAGGAGAAAAACAGUCAACACUGGGCCUUUGAAAAGAGGCAGACAAAGAGGUCCAAGAAUUCCCAAAGAAACAUAUACAGAUUUUCAGCUUCCUGAACUUCCUGUGACUUGUGGUGAGGCGAAGGGGAUUUUAUACAAGGAGAAAAUGAAAAAAGGCACCUCGGAGAAGUGUAUACAGAAUGCAUAUGGAAAGUGGUUCACCCUCAGGGAAUUUGAAAUUGAAGGAAACCGCAAAGCAUCCAAGAACUGGAAGCUGAGUGUGCGCUGCGGUGGAAGGCCCCUGAAAACCUUGAUUCAGAGAGAAUUUCUACCAAACCCGCCAAGAAAAAUAAAAAAGGUCCCUGAGACCUUCAUUGGGCUUAGGAGUUCUCAAGGACAAGGCAUCCCUGCCCUCUGGAUUUCCCCUUAGGCUGGGAACACUCUGCCCCUCAGAGAACUCACACAGUGAACCAGGGGGUCCCUGAAGUUCCAGAGCAGUGAGGUGGUGCCUGCAUAUUCAUCUGGACAGCCUCCGCCUCGGCACAGAGCCUGCUGACGUCCAUUGGCUUGCCCUAUGGACUUUCUCCUCUGUGAAUGCUUCCUGCAAGAGGAGCCUCAAUGGUGGCUUGAACAGAGAAGAAAAAUCUGGGUAUUAAGGUGAGCAUAACCACAGCUGACAGUUAUCUUUUAAGGGGAGACGAGAAGUGGGUUGUUGUAAGUGGACACCGUGUUGGGGAGGACUCCAUCCCUGCAGCAUCAUAAGUACUGUCUAGCACGAGUUAAUGUGCAGCAUGUGACCAUUGUUCAGGAGGUGAUGGGUGGUGGAGAAGCGGCUCCACACCAGAGGUGAUGUUCCAGUGGAAACUCUUUCUGUGAAAUGUGCGGUUGGCAGACAGAACGAAAAUCUUUGUAUGUUCAUGAGGAGUCCUACACAGAGCACAGAAUGGGUCUUCUCAAACUGACAACCAUAACUAAGGUGGCAUCAUGGCUCUGGCCCCAGGAAAUUAUAUCCACAUAGAACAUCUGCCAAGGGCAAGCAAGCAUCUGCAGCAGGAGCAACAUGCCUGGAGUUAAGUGUUUCCCAGCCUUGUGAAGAGGAAAACAGCCUCCAUAAGCAAAAGAACUUCACGUCACAAAUCCUGGAAGUUAAAAUCCCAAGUAACAAAAAAAUGCUUAAUGUGUUUCUCCCCAGCACAAAUAUUUAGAAUGCUUUACAAAUCCUCAAUGUUUUAGUGGAGAAAUACUGUGACCUCUUUCAGAUGUUUAUCAUUACUCUUUCCUUAUGACCUUUUUGAAGAGUGCUAAUAGUGGUCCACAAUGUUCCACUGCCCCAUCCCUUGCUAAGUGUCACUAGCUCUCAUCUUUCUUACCUGCAUGUCAUGAGGUUCUUCCUUCCCAGCUGACCCCAAAGCAACCCAUGGAAGGGGGAACAGGUUGUAUUCAUGUUAUAAUUUUCAAAAGAAUUUACAACUCUCAUACAAAUAUAAAACAAACAAGUGUCAGUGGUUUUUUAAAUUCAUUUCAUUAAUGAGAGAACCAGAAAAAUGUUUAAAACUAGUUCAAAAGAGAUUUUGAAGAACUGAGAUUUAUGUCAAAGAAAUGCUGAAAUGAAUUUGCUAAUAUAUACAAAACUGGUUAAUAUCCUACUGGGACAUAAACUCUCUGAGGUCAUCUUUUCUACCAGAGAGUACUCAAUUGCAUCUCUCCCAGACAAAAUUCAUUUGUAUGACUAUGGAUAAGAAUUAUUUACGAAGCUUUCAGAUAAGAAUCAUUUAUGUUAUUAUAGCUUUCUGCAAGUUAACUUCUACCUCUUAGAGUUAUAAAAUAUUCAAGGCCGUAAAAGGUCAAUCAAAUUUGCAUAGCCAGCACUGCAUUAAAAGAAUGCCCAGGUAAUCUCUUCAUUUUUCUUGACAAUGUAUGAAAUAGAAUGUGUAAGUUGAUGUGUUAAGGAACUGGGGCAUGAUGGCCCCCAGUCUCUGGUUGUAAGCAUUUUCCUCCUCCUUUGUUCAAAUAAAUGCCAAAGCCUGUUUAUAAA